AUAAAAUGGAAAUGCUAACGACACCGUAUCAUGCUAACACACCCUCGCCACCACUGUGUCAGGCUCUGCGUAACUGCUAAGCGAAUUUUCUGUAGUCGACAGAGAGCAAACAAACGAGCAUCAAUGGCUGAACCCAAAACCAAAUACGAUCGCCAGCUCAGAAUCUGGGGCGAGCAAGGGCAGACAGCCCUAGAGAAGGCCAGCGUAUGCCUACUGAAUUGUGGCCCCACCGGCUCCGAGACCCUGAAGAACCUUGUUCUUGGCGGGGUUGGAAGCAUCACCGUCAUCGAUGGAUCUAAAGUCGAACCGGGUGACCUCGGAAAUAACUUCAUGGUUGAUGAAUCGAGCGUUGGGAAAUCGAAAGCGAAAUGCGUUUGCCAGUUUCUUCAGGAGUUGAAUGAUGCCGUGAAGGCGAAGUUUAUCGAAGAGUAUCCGGAGGUUUUGAUUGAGACUAACCCAUCGUUCUUUUCUCAGUUUACCUUGGUUGUGGCUACUCAGCUAGGGGAAAGUUCAAUGGUAAAGCUUGAUAGAAUCUGCAGGGAGGCAAAUGUGAUACUGAUCUUUGCUCGCUCUUAUGGCCUAACUGGGCUUGUCCGUAUCAGUUUGAAGGAGCAUACUGUGAUUGAGUCAAAACCUGAACAUUUUCUGGAUGACCUUCGUUUAAAUAAUCCAUGGCCGGAGCUUAAAAGGUACGCGGAAACUAUUGAUCUGGACGUGUCAGAUCCUGUUGCCCACAAGCACACGCCAUACGUCCUCAUUCUUGUCAAGAUGGCAGAGGAGUGGGAAAAAAAUCAUGAUGGUAAACUUCCAUCAACUAGGGAAGAGAAAAAAGAGUUCAAGGAGCUUAUUAAAGCCAGGAUGACUGCACUAGAUGAAGAUAACUAUAAAGAAGCCAUUGAGGCCUCUUUCAAAGUCUUUACUCCACGAGGAAUUAGUUCUGACUUGCAACAGGUAAUUGAAGAUAGCUGUGUGGAAAUAGAUUCCAGCUCGUCUGAUUUUUGGGUGAUGGUGGCAGCGUUGAAGGAAUUCAUAGAAAAUGAAGGUGGCGGCGAGGCACCCCUCGAAGGAUCAAUACCAGACAUGACAUCUUCGACAGAGCACUAUAUAUCUUUACAGAAACUCUACCAAGCCAAGGCUGAGGCUGAUUAUCUCGUUAUUGAGCAAAGGGUUAGGACUAUUCUGAAAAAAAUUGGUAGAGAUCCAAACAGCAUCUCAAAGACAACCAUAAAAAGUUUAUGCAAGAAUGCAAGAAAACUCAAAGUUUGCAGGUAUCGCCUAGUUGAAGAUGAGUUCAAUUCUCCAACCGUACCAGAGUUGCAGAAGUAUCUAACAGAUGAGGAUUACAGCGUAGCCAGUGUGUUUUAUGUUUUGCUUAGAGCUGUCGAUCGAUUUGCUGCCAAUUACAACAGUUUUCCUGGGCAAUUUGACGGUUUAAUGGAUGAGGACAUAUCUCGAUUGAAGACUACCGCUGUUGGCCUGCUUAAUGACGUGGGCUGCAAUGGCGUAACAUUAACUGAGGACCUUAUCAAUGAGAUGUGUCGAUUUGGUGCUGCCGAGCUCCACGCAGUCGCUGCUUUCAUUGGAGGAAUUGCAUCUCAGGAAGUGAUUAAGCUUAUAACAAGACAGUUUGUGCCCUUGUCCGGAACUUUUGUCUUCAACGGCAUUGAUCAUAAGUCUCAAUUGUUGUCUCUGUAGCGGGCUCCAAAGCCCGAAAUGAUAUAAAACGACGAUGACCUUUUAUGAUUGGAGUCGGAACAAGUUUGAUCUUACACCGAUACGCGCUAUUGAUCGGAGGCUUCGUUUCUGUAGUUGAGAUUGGGCAGUUUGCAGUGAAACGUGAUUUUGUAGUUCUGUUUCUCGUUCCAUUAUCCUGGAUAGGUGAGAGGCAGUAAAAAAUAAAGGGUAAGUGUGAGAGAGAGGGAGGGAGAGAGGGAGAGAGUGAGACAAUCUAUAACAAUUGACUUGUCAAUUCGUUAUUAAAUGGAAUUGUUAUUAAAUUAUGCCCAAAUACAGCUUUAAUCA